AUGACUAUCGAAGUCUCGCUCCAUUCGCCGUUGGCCGAAGCCAUCAACGCCGCCAUCCAGCCCAAGCUCCUCGAGGUCGGCUGGGGUACGGGAGGUCAAGACGAUGCCGCGCUCGCCGAAUACAUCGUCCUCAUGCUCGUCAAUGGCAAGACACAAGACGAAAUCGCCUCCGACAUCUCGGGCGAGAUCCUCGGCCUCCCCAACGACCCCGUCGCCAAAGAGUUCUCGGCUUGGUUAUUUGGUGAAAUAGAAUCGCUCAAUUCACAGAUUAAUGGCGCGCGUCAAUCUGCGCCCGUUAGCGAUGCUAUGCAGAUAUCAGGUCCCGAUGGCGAUGUUUCUCAAGCUACCGCAGGAGUAAUAAGCGCACCCACCGGUCCGCGUUCUAUGCGAAACGGAAACAACCCAAGAGGUGGUCGCGACAAGCGAAUGUUUGGACAAAUGAAUAAGGCUAUGGACCGAUCUCAUGACUCCAUCCUCCACCGAGUCCGGACACAGACCGGCAACGAGCGCAUCUCUCGUGGACCCCCCACCGGCCCUCGCGGCGGAAUGAAUAGGCAACAACAGCAGCGACAUCAAAACGGCCGCGCGGCGAAUGUCCAGGCCGGAAUGUAUGCCGCUCUCGCCUCGGGUCACGGCAUGGGCGGUGGUCAGAUGCCCGGUAUGCCCGGCCCCAACGGCAUGCCCUGGGGAAUGGUAUCGGAACAGCCAUCUUCAGCGGAGCUCAUGAACCUCCUACAACAGCAGUCGCAAAUGAUGCAACAGAUUUCGCAGCAGAUGAUGACGCAAGGAUUCCAGAAUCCUCGUCACGGAAGGCAACAACAGCACCGUGGAGACAGGGGCAACUUCCGCCGAGGCGGUGGUCACAUUCAGCAGCAGGGUCAUCGCGCCGCCGCCGCUGCGAGCCAAACCGAAAGGGAAUCUACGGCAGGGGAAAGCGGCGACAAGGAUGUCGACAUGGGUGGAUCCAAGGCAGAGCCCACGAAUCCCCAAGAAAAGGUGUGCUCGUACAACCUGAAAUGUCUCAACAAAGAUUGCAAGUUCGCGCACCAGUCCCCCGCCGCGCCUCCCGGUAUCACGAUCGACCUCGAAGACGUCUGCACCUUCGGAGCAGCCUGCAAAAACUGGAAGUGUGUCGGUCGCCACCCCUCCCCCGCCGCGCGGUUGGCACACCAGGGCGAGCAGGAUUGCAAGUUCUACCCCAACUGCCAGAACCCCCGCUGUCCCUUUAGGCACCCCGCCAUGCCCCUCUGCCGCAACGGCGCGGACUGCACGACGCCCGGGUGCAAGUUUACGCACAUCAAGACGAAGUGCAAGUACACGCCUUGCCUUAACCCCACCUGCCCGUUCGUUCACGAAGAGGGUCAACAGGGUGGCUUCAAGGAUAAGGUCUGGACGGCCGAAUCAUCGGCGGAGCACGUCAGCGAGCGCAAGUUUGUUGAUGAGAACUCGUUGGUGGAGAUGGUCCUGGCCGAGGAGGGGGCGCGCAAUGGUGAUGAGGAGAAUGCUGAUGGUAUACAAUAA